AUGGGUGCUAUAAAGGCAGCGGUAGCCGAUGGGGUGUUGACUUUUAUGUGGGUUUUUUGCGCGUCGACGUUGGGCGCACUCACUUUUGUGGUGGCUUCUGCUCUCGGAGUAGCCCAAGGACUACCCACUCUUCUCGUUACUACUGUCCUUGUUUUUCUUCUGCUGUUCGUGUUCGGCAUCAUUGGCGAUUUCUUAGGCGGCGCCACCUUCAAUCCAACUGCAAUCGCUGCUUUCUAUGCCGCUGGUAUUGGUGGCGCCGAUUCUCUGUUCUCUGCUGCCCUCCGCUUUCCUGCCCAGGCAGCUGGUGCAGUAGGUGGUGCUCUUGCAAUUAUGGAGGUUAUGCCAAUGCAGUACAAACACAUGCUUGGAGGUCCUUCAUUGAAGGUUGACCUGCACACUGGAGCUAUUGCUGAGGGAGUUUUGACUUUCAUAAUCACUUCUGCCGUCCUUCUCAUUGUCCUUAAGGGUCCAAGCAACCCACUAGUGAAGAAUUGGUUGCUUGCCAUGUCAACUGUUUCGGCAGUCGUUGCUGGUUCAAGUUAUACUGGACCUUCGAUGAAUCCUGCCAAUGCAUUCGGGUGGGCAUAUGUAUAUAAUAAGCACAACACAUGGGAGCAAUUCUAUGUUUACUGGAUCUGUCCCUUCGCUGGAGCAAUAUUGGCUGCUUGGACCUUCCGCUUUCUAUUCCCGCACCCAACAAAGCAGCACAAGGCGAAGAAAGCCUGA